CGGAGCCGCGGAGCCGGGACGGAGGUGGGAAGGCAGCAGGAGCUCACUAUGGCCCUGGCAGACAACACGGGCUGUGCCAAAGCCAGCGAGGACUUCACUUUCCCUGAGAUCAUUGAACUCAAUGUGGGUGGACAAGUCUACAUCACCCGCCACCCCACGCUGGUCAGCGUGCCUGGCUCACUCCUCUGGGAGAUGUUCACCCAGAAGAACAUCCGCUCCCUGGCCCGUGACAGCAAGGGACGCUUCUUCGUGGAUCGGGAUGGCUUCCUCUUCCGCUACAUCCUGGAUUACAUGAGGGACCAGCAGCUGGUCCUUCCCGAUCACUUCCCGGAGAGGAGCCGCCUGCAGCGCGAGGCCGAGUACUUCAUGCUGCCGGAGCUGGUGAAGAUGCUGGCCCCCAAGCUCAGCAAGCAGAACUCCCUGGGAGACGACCCGUGCCAAAGUGACCCCGAGGAGCUCUCCCCCAACGCGGAGGCCACCCGCAACCUGUCCUCUGCCGGUGCCCCCCUCCCCAGUGCUGGAGCUGGCGGCCCCGGGGGGGCUGCCACGGCAGGCGCUGCUGGCGCCGACGUCCGCAGGGCGGGUUUCAUCACCAUCGGCUACCGGGGCUCCUACACCCUGGGCAGGGACAGCCAGACAGACGCCAAGUUCCGCCGGGUGGCGCGGAUCAUGGUCUGUGGCAAGACCUCGCUGGCCAAGGAGGUCUUUGGUGAUACCUUGAAUGAGAGCAGGGACCCGGACAGACCCCCGGAGAGGUACACCUCCAGGUACUACCUCAAAUUCACCUUCCUGGAGCAAGCCUUUGAUAAACUGGCCGAUGCUGGCUUCCACAUGGUGGCUUGCAACUCCACGGGCACCUGUGCCUUCGCCCAUGACCAGACAGAUGACAGGAUCUGGACCUCUUACACCGAAUAUGUUUUCUAUCCUCGUUGGAGAUCUGUCAGGAAAAAAAAGGCCCUUUCCUGUGGAGUAGAGCGGCGCCUCGGGCUUCAGAGGGCUGGGACGCUGCAGGAGCAGCACCUGGGCUCUGCCACGGCUUCAUGGAGCAAAAGGGGGUCUUUGCCCAACGUGAAAGGCUUUGCCCUUUUGGUGGUCUCUUGCAAAGGUCUUUCCAACCACAGCUCUCCAGGGCCCGUGCUGGUCCUGGUCCUGCUGCUGCUUCACCGUGCCCGGGCAACGCGCAAUAAAGGAGCAAAGCUGUCUGGCCUCUGUCUGCGUCCCGAGGUGUGAGGGAGGUGGUGCUGGGUGCACCCAGAGGUGUUGCUCGAGCAGGUACGUGUGUGGGAGCAAUGUGCUUUAGUACAUGGAUUCCAACAAAGAGGAGAAGAAAGGCAGACGAGCCUCCUGGAGCCCUCCUGUGCCCAUCCUCCUUUGCCUUGAGCCCUCAGGCCGAUCCCCAGUUGUGACCCAGUGCAUCCCUGCGGGGAUGCUGGUGCCAGCCCAGCCCUGCCUGGUGCCUUCGUCCCCUUCACUCCAGCAAUGAAGCUCUUUUCACUCCAUGCAAGCUCUGGCAUGAGGGAUGAGCAGUUGGAGGUGGCCCUGCCACCCUGCUGUCCCCAGCUGCUGCCUGCCCCGUCACUGUUCUUCUGCCAGCUCUUGGCUCCCUUAUGCUCCCCUUAGACCCACCUUCCAGGCUGAGAGAGUAGAGAUUUCUCAGCCUGGAGAAGAGAGGGCUUCAAGGAGACCUUAGAGCACCUUCCAGUACCUGUCAGGAAUACAGGAAAGCUGGGAUGAGACUUUUUGAGAGGAAAAUGGAGUGAUAGGAUGAGGGGGGAACGGUUUCAAGCUGAGAUGAAGGGAGAUCUGGAUUGCAUAUGAGGAAGAAAUUCUGUGCUGUGAGGGGGGUGAGACCCUGGCCCAGGUUGCCCAGGGAAGCUGUGGCUGCCCCAUCCCUGGCAGUGUUGAAGGGCAGGUUGGAUGGGGCUGGGAGCAGCCUGGGCUGGUGGGAGGUGUCCCUGCCCGUGCAGGGGUGGGACUGGAUGGGCUUUAAGGUCCCUGGCACUCAGGGUGAGUAAAAACCCUGCAGUGAGGUGGCCCUGCUCUCCCGGAGAAGGGGAAGGCAAAAAGGGUAUUUUUCUGAGGGCCUGUUCCUCAUUGCAACAGUGUUUGUUGAAGAGGAAAUGACAACUGGCUUUAAAAAAAAAAAAAAAAAGAAAAAGGAAGUUGAGCUCUGGGUGGAGAGAGGCUGAAGGACAGAAUUAAAACCUCGUAAAUUAAAUUAAAACCUCUUCAAGGGGAAGGUGCUCCAUGUUUGCUUGUAUUAUUUAAAUUAUUCUGAGUGUUAUUAAUUAGAACUGAUGAGGAAAAGAAAUCGCUGCCUUGUGAGAAAUGCUGGUGUCUUGAAGCUUUCCCCUCUGGAACUGGACUGAGAAAUUGGUACCAAAGGAGGAAACGUUUUUCCAGAGGGAGAAACCAUCAUGGCAAAGUCAACUUUGAGGUGGUUUUGAUCUGCCAGGUUAUGUGAUCUGGGCACUUAAACCUGAUACUACCCUAAGUGAAAUCCAGUCAGAGCAGAAGAGGUUACUUCUGAGUCAUUUUCAAGUCUCCUGGUUUGCAUGCAAGCCAGUGCUUUGUGGGGAAAAAGGUUGUUGAGAUCCCUUUCAAAAUUUCAGUAUCUCAAAAAUACAACAAACUUGGGGGUGUUCCUUUUCUCUGCAUGUAUCUAGUAACAGAAAGAGCCUCCUUUUGCUGCUGCCCAUAGCUGGGAGGAGAACCUGGUCAAUUUGAUCCUUGACAGAGACCAUUCACAGGGCAAUGGUAGCAUGUAAAAAACAUCUGUUUGAGGUUUGCAACCUCUGAACCAUCAUGGCAAGUCAGGGGAUGGCUGAAGUUCUCUUGGUCUCCAGGGCUUCAAGGAGAAGGUACAGAAGGUGCUUUCCUGAUGUCACCUGUUUUGUAGGCUUUUCCUGGGAAUGUGCCUGGAUUCCAGAUUGUUUCCGGAUCUCAGGCUGCCUGGUGGACCACAGUGGUCUUGUCUCUGUGUUGGGCUGGCUCAAAGCACAUGGACCUUUGCCAUCCUUGAGCUUGUGAUCUCCCCUCAGCAUCUCCCACUCUCCAGGCUGUGCACAGACUCAAGGGAAGACUCAAGUCCUUUAUGGAUCAAGAGGGACAGAAAGGGUAGAAGCAGCAGUGGCUGGAAGCUGUACCCACCCUCUUUGGAUCUGAAAGGAAAAAAAAAACAACCAAAACAAACAACAACAAAAAACACCCUGUUUUUAGCAGCAUGGGUAUUGUCCACUGAGACAACUUGCUGGAGAGGUGGGGGUUCUUCAAGUCUUGGUGCAGAACCAGCAGCCUGGACACUUCCUGUAGGAAAAGGUUUAAGAAAUCAAGCUUUUGGGCUGAGUUCAGCAGCUGACACCAGCUGGCUGAAAUGUGCAGGAGGUGGGAUGAGAUGCCAGAGCAUUGCUCAGCCCUGGAGAGACCUUGGAGCCUCCUCCCUGAGGCCCCAGGAGGAGCAGGAGAGGACCCACAGCUCAGCAGUAAGUGCUGGUGUGUGCUGAAGGUCAGGAGAGACAGAAGAUGCUUUGGGUUGGGUCAGUUGUUCCAGCAGCUGGUGGAGAGCUUGCAGGAGCUUUGCCAAGUGGAGCUUGUCCAACAUGUGUGGACAGCUUGUUCUGAGCUAAAGCAGGUUGGACUUGGGGUUGUGGAGAUGGUUUUUCUUAACAGGCUCGUGCAGUCAGAAAAGGUUUUUCUUUGUUCUAAGUGGUGGAUGGCUGGGAAUUAUCACCCUCCCUUCCUCUGGGACAGCUGUGCAGUAUCUGACUGAAAUAUGUUCUUGCAAAUAGGCUAAACCAGGUUCCACCUAAAUCAGCUCUGAGUGCCCAGUACCAUCCCUGCAUCCCACGUAUUCCCCCUCCCUCCUCCAGUGGUGCCAAGUCCAUCCUGCCACCAGCAUCCUUAGAGUCACCCUGAAGGACACAGGAGCCCCCAGGGCAGCUGGACAAACCAGGCUCAGCCCCACAGUGUCCUGGGCUCUGCCCAGACCCCAGUGUUGGGGUUCCAAGGAGGAGGAGACAGUGAUUAGAGUUUCAGAUGCAACCCGGGAUGCACGUGCCCAGUUCCCCAGCCCCAUGUGAGCCCAGUUUGAAGCCUCCUUCUAAAAAGGCAGGUUCCUCCAAUGUUGAGGAAGUUGCCCCGAAUGCCUAGAUGGUUUGAGCUCAAUUUCUUAAGGAGAAAGGUUUGUGUCACCCCUCGCUGUGUUCCUUCCCUUUUCUUGAAGGACCUGAAUCUGAGGGCUGGUUUUGCUCCAGCUUGGCAGUGUCUCAACUCUUAGGUUACACCCAGUCUCAUGAAAAACAUGUCUGGGGAUGUAGCAGACCUCCUCAAGUCCCAUUCUUCCUGCCCAGAGCGUGAGCUGAACCUUUAAAAAGCAAAACCACAGCAGAAAACAGACUUUGUGGGGCUCCCAACCCUCUGCUGAGCCCACGCAGGAGUCAGGGAGCCCCGCAGAGCAGGAGCCUGGGUCAGAGCCCUGGCUGAUUUAUGGGUCCCCUGUGCAGGCAGCUCGAGGUGCUGAGCAGAGCAGGGAGACUGAGGGUGCUCAG